CACCUCACCCUCAACUGUUUCUUACCGUCCGUUCAAAAUCAAAGGUCCGCUCAUCCGAUGGCUGAAAACGAAUCAAAAGGGCGCAAGAUCCUCGUAGCCGUUGAUGAAGGCGAAGAGAGCAUGUACGCUUUAUCAUGGUGCCUCGGCAACAUCACUGUCCAAAAUUCCAAGGACACCAUCGUCCUCCUUGACGCCAAGCCUCCUCUGGCAGUCUACUCAGCUCUGGAUGGAACUGCUGGCAUGGGAGUGCCUUUGUUUUCUUCCAAUAUAAUGUUGACUAUGGAGAGCUAUAGAAAUGAGGUGGCCCAAGGGGUGAUGCAGAAGGCCAAAAACCUCUGCAGGCAGCAUGGUGACAUUAAGGUGGAGACUAUGAUAGAGAAUGGGGACGCAAGGGAUGUGAUAUGCGGAGCGGCAGAGAAGUUGGGCGUUGACAUGCUGGUCAUGGGAAGCCACGGCUACGGGUUGAUCAAAAGGGCCUUUCUUGGGAGCGUGAGUAAUCAUUGUGCACAGAAUGUCAAGUGUCCGGUCCUGAUCAUAAAGAGGCCCGAAUCAACGGCUGAGAAUAAAUGAUAUUAGAGACUUUGAUUUCUCUAUUCCAACCCUUGUAAAAAUCUCUUCUUUUUUUUUUCUUUUUCUUUUUUUUGAAAUUUCAUGUUCCCAACAUCUGAAGAGAACUUGUGUAUGUAAAUAUAAAUAUUUAUUGAGACAAAAUGUAAUAUAAAAUGACUAUAAAAGUGUUGAAAUGUCA